GCCCCGGGCGCGCGGGCGGCGGGCGCUCAGUCUGCAGGCGGCGGUGGCGGCUGACAGGAGCCGGGUGACUGCGACGGCUGAGGCGGCUGGACGCGGACCAGGUGGACGGAGGGGGCCGCCGGCGCAGGGCCACCCACCAUGAAGCCCCCCGCAGCCUGCGCAGGCGAUGUCCUGGAUGCAGUGUUUUCGUGCUCAGUCGUAAACCACCUGCGAUGGGACCUGAGCGCCCAGCAGAUAGAGGAGCUCACCAAGGAGCUCAUCGAGCAAACCAAGCAUGUGUACGACCAGGUGGGCGCCCAGGAGUUGGAGGAUGUGUCCUAUGACAGCACGCUCAAGGCACUGGCUGAUGUGGAGGUGUCCUACACAGUUCAGAGGAAUAUCCUUGACUUCCCCCAGCACGUUUCUCCACACAAGGACAUCCGGACAGCCAGCACAGAGGCAGACAAGAAGCUCUCAGAGUUCGAUGUGGAAAUGAGCAUGAGGCAAGACGUGUACCAGAGGAUCGUCUGGCUCCAGGACAAGGUGCAUAAGGACUCGCUGAGGCCAGAGGCAGCGCGGUACCUGGAGCGGCUCAUCAAGCUGGGCCGGAGGAACGGGCUGCACCUCCCCAAAGAAACUCAAGAGAAAAUCAAGAGCAUCAAGAAGAAGCUGAGCCUCCUGUGCAUCGACUUCAACAAGAACCUGAACGAGGACACAACCUUCCUGCCGUUCACACGCGAGGAGCUAGGAGGGCUCCCUGAGGACUUCCUGAAUUCUUUGGAGAAGACAGAGGAUGACAAGCUGAAGGUCACCCUCAAGUACCCUCACUACUUCCCCCUGCUGAAGAAGUGCCACGUGCCCGAGACCAGAAGGAAGGUGGAGGAGGCCUUCAACUGCCGCUGCAAGGAGGAGAACUGUGCCAUCCUCAAGGAGCUGGUGACGCUACGGGCGCAGAAGUCCAGCCUGCUGGGAUUCAGCACACACGCCGACUAUGUCCUGGAGAUGAACAUGGCCAAGACCAGCCAGGCCGUGGCCACGUUCCUAGACGAGCUGGCGCAGAAGCUGAAGCCUCUGGGCGAGCAGGAGCGAGCUGUGAUCCUGGAGCUGAAGAAGGCCGAGUGCGAGAAGCGGGGCCUGACCUUCGAUGGGCACAUCCACGCGUGGGACAUGCGCUACUACAUGAACCAGGUGGAGGAGAUGCACUACCGUGUGGACCAGAACCUGCUCAAGGAGUACUUCCCCAUGCAGGUGGUCACCCGGGGGCUGCUGGGCAUCUACCAGGAGCUGCUGGGGCUCACCUUUGAGCUGGAAGAGGGCGCCACCGUGUGGCACGAGGACGUGAGGCUGUACGCAGUGCGGGAUGCGGCCUCUGGGGAGGUGAUCGGCAAGUUCUACCUGGACCUCUACCCGCGGGAAGGGAAGUAUGGGCACGCGGCCUGCUUUGGCCUGCAGCCUGGCUGCCUGCGGAAGGAUGGCAGCCGCCAGAUCGCCAUUGCGGCCAUGGUGGCCAACUUCACCAAGCCCAGCCCUGACGCCCCAUCUCUGCUGCAACAUGAUGAGGUGGAGACCUACUUCCACGAGUUUGGGCAUGUGAUGCACCAGCUCUGCUCCCAGGCCGAGUUCGCCAUGUUCAGUGGGACCCAUGUGGAGCGGGACUUCGUGGAGGCGCCUUCGCAGAUGCUGGAGAACUGGGUGUGGGAGAAGGAGCCGCUGCUGAGGAUGUCACAGCACUACAGCACAGGCAGCCCCAUGCCCCAGGAGCUGCUGGAGAAGCUCAUCAGGUCCCGGCAGGCCAACACAGGACUCUUCAACCUGCGCCAAAUUGUGCUCGCCAAGGUGGACCAGGCCCUGCACACGCAGACGGACGCAGACCCGGCCGAGGAGUACGCCCGGCUCUGCCAGGAGAUCCUCGGGGUCCCAGCCACACCAGGGACUAAUAUGCCUGCGACCUUCGGCCACCUGGCGGGAGGCUACGACGCCCAGUACUACGGCUAUCUGUGGAGCGAGGUGUACUCUAUGGACAUGUUCCACACGCGCUUCAAGCAGGAGGGUGUCCUGAGCAGCAAGGUUGGCAUGGACUACAGAAACUGCAUCCUGAGACCUGGUGGCUCCGAGGACGCCAGCGCCAUGUUGAAGCUCUUCCUGGGCCGCAACCCCAAGCAGGAUGCCUUCCUGCUGAGCAAGGGGCUGCAGGUGGAGAGCUGCGAGCCACAGGCCUGCUGACGGCACCCCAGGGUGCCAUGGGCCUCGGCCACGCUGCCUACGUCCAGCCUGGUCCAACCAGGCUCCAGCUGCCCUGGUGCCUUAGUCCACCGCCCAGACCGGGGCCUCCAGUACAGUGCUGCUCCUGCAUAGGACACAGCGAGGGACAGGGGCUGUGUCUCCUCCCUUUGUCAUUGUUCACAUCCUGUCCCCAAAACCCCCCAUCUGGAGACCAGCCCAGACUCAAACAGUGUCAUCCUUGAGGUGUCUGGAGAGCUCCCGCGUGCGUCCAGGGUGUCGUCCUUGUUGCACUAACAUGUCCCUUCCCAGGGAAACAGUCCUGGUCACAUGUUGGUCGUUCUUUGAAACGCAGCCAUUAAAAAGUACAGAACGCG